AUGGGAGUGAAUUAUUUGAUUCGAAAGGCAGCAGACGCCAAAACGUCGGUGCUGAUCAUUAGCAAGUCCGCGACCCACGUCAACUUCGUGGUGAAGAACCUCGUGACGGUGGAGGAUGUCCUGCCUGUAGAUGGCGCCUGGGUCCCUAAGCCAGUGCCUCCUGCGGGGCGCAUGCGCGGCGAGAUGCGCCUGCGGCUGACGAAGUCCACGGAGAAUGAGCUGGAAAUGGUGACCGAGUUCCCGCCUGGUGAAGGCAGCCUCUGCGACACGUUGGUGGUCGAUCCUGACGGCAACUCUUUCUCCAGACGGGUGGUGCGCAUCCGAAGUGAUGGGACGCAGUUAGAGUGUACUCGGGUCUUUAGGCGCAUGUCGUGA